GGGGGGCAACGUGGACCAACAUGAUAGACCCUCCAAAUAGUCCUCAAAUUGAAAACAUUGACAUGUUUCUCUUCUUUUUUUUUUUUUCUAUGUAUAUUUUUUUUGUGUGGGUCACAUUAUUUAAUAUUUGUAUACAAGGAGCCAUUUUACAUGGAGAUUUCCUGUCGGUAUAGCGUCCUCAUUUCUCCAUUGCUUCCACUUUUUUCCUAUUCUAAUUUGAUUUAAUUUAUAUGUCAAAACAUUAUUCAAAAUGCCAAUAUAUUUAACAUUAAGAAAAUGAAACUCGUAAUAGUUGCUUGUAUCAAUUUUACCGCCGUCUCUCCAUUCAUACUUAAAUUUAGUAGAUUAAGAAACUGCUAUUUAUUGACAAAAUAAAUCCGUUUAUAUCUAAAUUUUAGAAUCACUAAAACUUUUAAAAAAUCAAAAGAAAACCCAUGUUGGUAAAUCGGAUAAUGAAAAUAAUUAGAAUCCCCCUCUUUUGUGCAUUUUGGCGUCGCAUGAAACUAUAUAUAAACAUGCAUUCACUCUUAGACUUCUCGUAGCUUGCCAACAACAACGCGCUCGAUCUAUCUAUCUCUCUCAGCCUCUCUCACAACUCUUUCUCUAGUUCUAGAGUUUUCAAUUUAUUGUUAAGUCUUUUAUUAAAAAAAAAACAAGAACAAAAGAAAUGGUUCUAUUGUCAAGAAAAGCUACAUGCAACAGCCAUGGCCAAGACUCUUCGUAUUUCCUUGGUUGGGAAGAGUACGAGAAGAAUCCUUACGACGUUAUGAAGAACCCUCACGGCAUUAUCCAAAUGGGUCUUGCUGAAAAUCAGUUAUGCAUUGAUCUACUAGAGUCAUGGCUUGCACAAAACACAGACGCAGCCUGUUUCAAGAGAGAUGGCCAGUCUAUUUUCCGGGAACUCGCUCUCUUUCAAGACUACCAUGGCCUCUCUUCCUUCAAAAAUGCCUUGGCUGAUUACAUGUCAGAAAAUAGAGGAAACCGAGUUUCUUAUGAUUCGAACAACCUUGUGCUCACUGCUGGAGCCACUUCCGCAAACGAAACUCUAAUGUUUUGUCUUGCAGAUCCCGACGACGCUUUCUUGCUUCCCACGCCAUAUUAUCCAGGGUUUGAUAGGGAUCUAAAAUGGCGAACCGGGGUUGAGAUUGUACCAAUCCAAUGCUCAAGUACUAACGGGUUUUGCAUAACGAAACUUACACUCGAAGAAGCCUACGAGCAAGCCAAGAAGCUUAACCUAAACGUCAAAGGAAUACUUAUUACCAACCCAUCUAACCCUUUGGGCACGACAACAACCCAAACCGAACUCAACAUUCUAUUUGAUUUCAUCACUAUGAAUAAGAAUAUACAUUUAGUAAGUGACGAGAUAUAUUCAGGCACAAUAUUCAACUCUUCAGAAUUUGUCAGCGUCAUGGAGAUUCUAAAAAAUAAUCAACUCGAAAACACCGAUGUUUUGAACCGUGUCCACAUUGUUUAUAGCUUAUCUAAAGAUCUAGGCCUCCCUGGUUUUAGAGUUGGAGCCAUUUACUCCAAUGACAAAGAUGUCAUCUCUACCGCUACAAAAAUGUCGAGUUUCGGCCUUGUCUCCUCCCAAACACAAUACCUACUAUCCUCAUUAUUAUCUGACAAGAAGUUCACUAAGAACUACCUUCGAGAGAACCAAAAACGGCUCAAGAACAGACAAAGAAAGCUCGUGUUGGGUCUAGAGGCCAUAGGGAUCAAAUGUCUGAAGAGUAAUGCCGGACUCUUUUGUUGGGUCGACAUGAGACCUCUCCUUAGCUCUAAAACGUUCGAAGCGGAGAUGGAUCUUUGGAAGAAGAUUGUUUACGAAGUGAAGCUCAACAUCUCUCCUGGUUCGUCGUGCCAUUGUGAAGAACCGGGUUGGUUUAGAGUUUGUUUCACGAACAUGAGUGAGGAGACAUUAAAGCUUGCUUUAAAGAGAUUGAAGAAGUUCGUUGAUGAUGGAAACUCAAAGAGGAGUUGCCAAAAGAGUGAAAGCCAAAAACUAAAAGGUUUGAGGAAGAAGACGAUGUCAAAUGUCUCUAACUGGGUUUUUCGACUAUCGUUUCACGACCGUGAGGCUGAAGAAUUGAACGAUAGUCCGGUUUUUAUUUUAAAGUAUAAUUUUUUUUUCCCCUCCAAACUCUCAAGUGAUGAUGUAAUUUUUUUAACUGAAAAUUACCCAGAUUGACUCAAAUUUAGAGAUUAAUAACUAGAUUGACACCCUAGUUUUGUAGUUUACUAGACUAACACAAAUUUUGGGUAAAAUGACCAAAAACCCAAUUCAAUUUUAUUAGGCUUUAAAAAAAAAUCAAACAAUAUAACAUUUAAAUUAGAAUUACAAAACCCUAACAAAACAAAAAAAACCAACUAGCCCUAAAUUA